CGGAACAAGAAACUUCCCCCCUCGUAGAAUGGCUCGCCUCAGCCCUCUCGUAAGGCUGGAAGAACAUUGAGGGGACAGAGAGCAUUGAUACGAUCGUAAAGAAACCUAAUUUACAGGGGCGGAGCUACACAGGGCCUAAGGGGGGCCCCGGCCCCCCCCCCCCCCCCCCCCCCCCCCCCCCCCCCCCCCCCCCGAGAAUUUCGAAAAUCACGAAAGAAUGUACGAGUAUUCUGAAAAUUACGAAGUAAAUACAGAUUUAUAAUAAUGGUCGCGGGUUAAAAGGUAUCUAAAGUAGCCGAUUUCCCUAGUGGAGUUUAUAGUGGUUUUGUAUCAAACAGGUCAAGGGUUCAAUCCUCACCUAUGUUAGUUUUUCGGUUGGAGUUUUUUACAAUUUUAUAGCUUUAAUGGAAAAAAUUUCCCCGAUAAGUUUAACAAGAAUGUCAAUCUAAUUAUUUGACAAAACAUCUCGUACAUUUUGAUAAUUUACACAAUUAAUUUAUUUAUAUAGUUAUAUAAUUAUUUUGAUUUUUUUCUUAUUACGAUAAUAUACGAAUCAUUUCCGGCCCCCCCAAACCCAAAAUCCUAGCUCCGCCCCUGCUAAUUUACGAUUCAAAACCGCUCUCCCAUCUAACAAUCUUAGCUAGUGGAGGAUCCAAAGGAAACUCAACCAUUUUCUCCAUCCUAAUAUCUUCCUCUUCCACCAUUAUGGCUUGAGUUUAAGUUUUAUCAUUGGGAUGGUGCCAUGGUGGUCACUGGUCAGGACAAGCAAGAAGAAGCGCCGGACGGAUGAGCUAUCAGAAGGAGAACGAAGGACGAUAAUGAAGUCGCAGAUAAACCCGUUAUUCGACAAGUUGAUGAACGCCAAGCCCAAAAAGAAGCCCAUGGUUUACGGGCUAUAAGCAGCUACGGUCCUGGGCUAAAAUUUUCGUGGGUUUUGCAGGCCCAAAUCAAUCUGGCAACAUAAUUUCAUUUCAGGGCUUCAGGCAGCCAUUGAAGCUCUCUCAACUGUCAAGUGUUCCUCUCUCGGGGAAGAUGCCGGCGGGACGAUUAUCAUCAAUGGCUGCGACGCUCGCUUCGGCUCUUCCAUGGCGGACUACGCCUCUAUACUUCAUAGGCGUCAAGCCUUCUCGACUUAAUCGUGGAACCGCCAUCUUCCACUCCAGAAAGCUGGCUCUCUCUUUCUGCUCCAACUCUGAGGUCGCUUCCGAGCUAACCAUCCCUAUUCCGGAGGAAUUGCCGAAACGUCAGAGUCCCCUGAGUCCUGGACUGUACUUGGUUGGAACGCCGAUUGGAAAUCUUGAAGAUAUAAGUUUCAGGGCUAUUCGUGUCUUGAAAUCGGCUGAUGUGAUACUUUCGGAGGACACGAGGCAUUCAGGAAAGCUGCUCCAUUACUACAACAUCAACACUCCUCUCUUGAGCUACCACAAGUUCAACGAGUCGCAAAGAGAACAGACUGUGCUGAGGAGGCUAAAGCAAGGAGAAAUCGUGGCACUGAUCAGUGAUGCGGGCAUGCCAGGCAUUAGUGAUCCUGGCGCAGCUCUGGCAAAGUUGUGUGCGGAUGAAAACAUUCCUGUCAUACCUAUUCCCGGGCCUUGUGCUCUUGUAGCUGCUCUAUCUGCCUCUGGCUUAAAUACCGAGGAGUUUACAUUUGCUGGAUUCCUCCCCAAGCAUACUGGGUCCAGGAGAGAGAGAUUAACAGCUUCAGCUAAGGAAGCAAGAACGCAAGUGUUUUAUGUUCCACCACACAAGUUGUUGCAAUUUCUCGAGGAGGCUUCAUCUACAUUUGGUGAUUCGAGGCAGUGUGUCAUAGGCAGAGAAAUCACUAAAUUACAUGAAGAGUUCUGGCGCGGUACACUUGUGGAAGCAAAAGAAGCGUUUACGAAUCGCGUAGCAAAGGGAGAGAUAACUCUGCUGAUCGAAGGCAACAGCAAUGCCCCGGUAGAAACUCCUUCGGAUACCCAACUUGAACACGAACUGGGGCUCUUGAUCUCCCAGGGGCACAGCCUCUCCAUGGCAGUCAAAUUGGUAGCUGAUGGAUCGCCGGUGAAGAGGAAGACCAUCUAUUCUCUAGCCUUGCGGAAAUUCGGAAAGCAAGAAGAAACAGAGGAAUGAAUGAUUCGUCGAAAAUUAAAAAUUAAAAGCACAUCUUAAUUAUGAUCUGAGUUAUGCUCCCUCUCUGUUUCUCCUCUUUCUAGUGUAAUGUUUGUUUCCUUCAUUUUGAGCAAGAGGUAUAUAACUUAAACUUGUAACAUCCGUAGCUGCCCUGACUCCCGACUCCAGCCUUCGGAGGUUGGAUAAUCUAGCUCCGAACGAGAGUCGAGGCAGAUCGAUUCAUUAUGACGCGCGAUUUGAGCACAAAAAAAAAAAAAAAACCAUAUACCAUAACAGAAAAGAAUCGAAGACAUGCAUCGUUUAAAACUCAACCAUGAAACCUAAAAGCUUCAAUAGAAGCCAACCACAUCCCCAUUCCAGGAGCAAAAGUACUACUACAACAUUGUUCUUUCUCCCUGCUUAAACACUACCACGUCAGCAUAUUCCCUCCCUAAUUAAUAAUAAACAAUUAAUUAAUCAACUACUUCCCUUACAGCCUAACUUCCCCUCCAUAGAAAAAAAUAUGUACAGAGAGAUAAGAGAUUGAGCAGAUAUUCCUACGUCAGUGAUAAGAUUGCGGUUGCAGCAGCAGAAGAAGCAGUACGUAACGUAACCCCUCAAUCCAGCGGUGGCGUAAAGGGGAGAAAAACAGAAUCGCACUGUGCAAAAACAAAAAGGAAGAAGCAGGGGUCUGUUACUCUGUUUUGCUUUUGUGCCGUCACCACGAAGCUUUCCCCUUUCUCACCAAAGAAGCAGCAUCAGCAGAAUCAGGUACGGGUUUGAAUAUACGCUGGCCAGUGGCCAGAAUACGGCGAGGAUCGAACGACGUCUUCCGCUGAUUGAAACGGUCCCACUUCUCCUCCCCAAAGUGGGCCGCCCAUUCCCGCUCCGUUGUGUAGUGAGGUAAGUACUGCUUCAUUUUGAUCCCCGACUCCUCGCAGAAUCUCAGUAUCUCACGGUUCUGAUUGCUCAGAUACUCCAGCGUCUUGCCGCUAGAGUCCUCCACCGCCGACCUCAGCAGCGCCACCAGGUAGAACACCUCCUCGUCUCCCUCCGGCGUCACCGCCGAGCUCCGGCCGUCCCACCUGGCAAAGAUAAUAAAAGCCACAUCAUAAAUUCGGGGUUUCGAGCCACAAAGUCAAGAGAGCGGGUGAUUGUCAAAUUAAUCCUAGCUGGACCCCUAAUGCAAAAUACAUUAUGUCAUGCUACGAGUAUUGUUAUUAUUGGAUGAGAAAGAAGAGAUCAAGUCUGCAGAUGUAGUUGUUAUGCACAGCAAUUCGAGUGAGAUAAGGAUUAGCUCGUGUCAACAACACAAAGAUGAUGGACUGAAGUGGAAGCGGAUACAAAUUUGGAACUAGACUAAUAUUUUCACAAUGCAACGUCGUUUUAUCAUUUUUUUUCAUUUCUUUAAUCUAUUGAAUACAUAUUCGUUAUGUAAUAACGAGUCCCACUUAGCCCCCGUGUCAUGUGCGGGUUAAUGGGAUUCGAAUGGUGGUUAAUCAUUGUUGAUUAGCCGUUGAAUGUCCUAUAUAAAUCAAAAACCUUAAAGAGAUGAGAUAGCUUUUUUGCUGCUCUCAAGUCUCAUCCACCCCAAUAAGUCUCUCUUCCCCUUUACUUAGUUAUGAAAUUGCGACAGAAUUAUAUUCCUUAUCAAAAUUGAAGAAAUUAGGUAUUUUUCGUAUUAAUAUUAGAGUUUUUGGUUUUUCUGUUUCCUUUGUGUCUGUCUGGUCUUUUUCCAUCUCUUUCCCUUUUGCAUGUGGCCCACGUGUUCCCAUAAUUCUCCCCCCCUCCUAUACUACGUGUCCUCCCAUCGUCUCUGGACCACGGCGUCCUAUUGCUAGCAAGUUCUAGUGGUGGGUUCUCCCUCAGAAAAUAAUUCUAGUUGUUUAGUUCUUUCUUGUAUGCAAUGAAUUACAACAACAAAGGAGGAGAAGAAAGGCCCGUCGUGAUCAAGCCAAAAGAACUGCUGUAGAAAGAAAAAUGACCAAUCGUG